AUGGCUCGAGUACGGUUACUGCUGCAGCACCUCUGCGGCAUAUUCUUGCUGCUGGCAGUCGGCUCGCAGGCGCUCAAGUUCGACAUCCAGGCGGGCAACGGCUACGACAAGCACUCGCGGCGAUGCAUACGCAACUUUGUGUCCAAGGACAUGCUGGUCGUCGUCACAGCCAUUGUUGACGGGCACAGGGGCGACGGCAUGCAGCUCAACAUGCACAUCACCGACGCCGCAGGAAACGAGUAUGGCAAGCCCAAGGACAUUGCUGGCGAGCAGCGCACCGUCUUCACGUCCCACUUUGACGGCUCAUUCGACGUGUGUUUUGAGAACAUCCUCACAGGCUCACGCUAUGUCGAGAACCCCACGCGGCACAUCGAGCUGGACAUUGACAUUGGAGCCGACGCCAAGGACUGGUCGGCCAUCCAGGCGACCGAGAAGCUCAAACCGGUCGAGACGGAGCUGCGGCGCAUCGAGGAGAUGGUGGCCGAGAUUGUCAACGAGAUGGACUACCUGCGGCUGCGCGAGCAGAAGCUGCGCGAUACCAACGAGAGCACAAACACGCGCGUCAAGAUGUUUGGUUUUGGCACAACAUUCCUCCUGAUUGCGCUGUGGGCGUGGCAGAUUAUGUACCUGCGGGCCUACUUCAGGUCAAAGCAUCUGAUCUAA